AUGGCUCAGUGGGCUAAAGGCUGCCGAGUGCUACUAUUGUGUUUGGGAGCUCGAGGCCCUCUGGUGUCGCGAGUGAAUAGGUUUUCAACUGUUCCCAGCACACAGCACACAGAGUGCUGUCUGCCGAGCCUACAGAAAAUGGAGAACGAGAAGAAAGAAAACGGCUCAGAUGGAUUUCCCCCUUCAUUUGCCCCUUCACUACCCCCUCUCCCUAUCCCCACCUAUCUACCAUCUAUCCACUAUCUAUCCACUUACACUUCGCAUCGCAGAGAAAAGUCGCUCUUAAGUGAACAGCUGAUUUUGGAUCCGAUUCCGACCAAACCAUGUUUCUUCCAUCUCCUCUUUUCUCUCUUUUCUUCUCUAUAUCUUCCUUUCCUUCUUUCCAGUUCUUUCCUCUUCCCUUCGUAUUUUCCUCUCCCUCUCCCUCGUCCUGUUUUCGUCCUCACUCGUCCUCUUCGUCCUCUUCCCUUCGUAUUUUCCUCUCCCUCUCCCUCGUCCUGUUUUCGUCCUCACUCGUCCUCUUCCUCCUCUUCCUCCUCUUCCUCUUUCUCCUCUUCCUUCUCUUCCUCUUUCUCCUCUUCCUUCUCUUCCUCUUUCUCCUCUUCCUUCUCUUCCUCUUUCUCCUCUUCCUUCUCUUCCUCUUUCUCCUCUUCCUUCUCUUCCUCUUUCUCCUCUUCCUUCUCUUCCUCUUUCUCCUCUUCCUCCUCUUCCUCUUUCUCCUCUUCCUUCUCUUCCUCUUUCUCCUCUUCCUCUUUCUCCUCUUCCUUCUCUUCCUCUUUCUCCUCUUCCUUCUCUUCCUCUUUCUCCUCUUCCUUCUCUUCCUCUUUCUCCUCUUCCUUCUCUUCCUCUUUCUUCCCUUCUUCCUUGGCCUCUCUUUCACGCCCCUCUUCGUUCUCGUCCUCACUCUUCAUUGUCUUUUAUCCUGUUUCUCCUCCUCGCCCUUGUAUUCGCUCCUUGCCUCUUCCUCUUCGCCAUCUUCCUCCUAUUUUUCUUCCUUACCUUCUCCACUUCCAAUUCCCUCCAACAUCUUCGUCCGCUUUUCUUCGUCUCUCUCUCUCUCGUCUUCUUACCCGUCCUCUUUCUCGUCUCCGUCUUCGUCUUCGUCUUCGUCUUCAUCCUUUUCUGUCCUUCUCUGUUCUUCGUUCUCGUCUUCCCCAAUCUUCCUCUUUUCUCGCCCUCUUUUCCGUCUUCCACUUCGUCCUUCGAUUCUCUCGUCCUCUUCCCGUUUCUCGUCCUCCACUUUGUCCCUUCCCUCCGCUUCACCCUUUCCUCGUCUUCUUUCUCGUCCUCCCGUUCGUUCUUAUUCCUCUUCGUCCUCUCCUCCUCGCCCUCUUCCGCGCCUUCACCCAUGCCUCUUCCCUGUCUUCGUCUUCGUCCUUCUCCUCGUCCUCUUCCUUUUCCUUUUCCUUUUCCUCUUCAUCGUCCUCUUCCUCUUCCUCUUCAUCGCCUUCUUUCCCCUUCCAUCGUUCUCGUCCCGCCAUCCGUCCUCUCCCUCGUCUUCGUCUUCCUCUCCAUCCCUUCCCUUUCUUCCUCUUCCACUUCCUCUUCUUCGCUUCUUCUUCCCCGUUCCAUGAUCCGGGAAGGUAUUGCAUAAAAUAAAAUAAAAAAC